GGUUCAUCCGGUGCAUCGCAUAACAUAGUAGUUGACCGUCUCGCCUUUCGAGCCGUCGUCGCGUCCUCUCCUUCGAGUCCCAACCCACCCAUAGUCCACCUUGUACCAAAUACGUAUAACAAUUUUAAUAAUUCCUCGACGCUUUCUUCUUCAACGUCACGUCGGCACCGUCAUUGCCAUCUAGGAACGAUUCUUGGCUAGGACGAUCCAACAUGAACACCACGGCAGGAUUGUUCAACAAUAAUAACAACAACAACAACAACAUGGGGUCGACCUUCGUCUAUUACUCUCCCCACCCACAAGGCACCGCGGAAAACAGCCGCCAUCACGGAGUCUUCACGCCUCAACCGCACCCACCCAGCCAGCUGUUGCAGCCAGGUCACGCCGUGAUGCGAUCGCCCUCUCCGUAUCAGUCCCAUGCAGGAGGUCCGCUGCAUGCUCCUCAGCCCAUGUCCCAGCACCGGCUUCCGAUCCUGGGAGAUGUUCGGCCGCAUCCGCCGCAACUCACGGUCAACGCUCCUCUGACCCCCUAUGAUCCAUCAACAGGAGGAUUCGGCUCGCCUCAGCUGACUCCGACGACACCAGCCUUGACUCACAGCUGCAUGAGCAGUCCCGCAUCGGUCCACAAUCUUCCCCCGACCCCAGUGCAUGAGCAGUGCCCCGAGUUGGUUCAGAUGGACAUUGUCGAUGCGGGAAUCAAGACGGGCCGCAAGGAAGCCUGCGAUGACGUAUUAGUUGCUAAUGCUGAGAUCGAACCCGGGUUCAAUCCAGUCUAUCUGAGCAACACACCGAAGGCCGACGUCUCCAAAGUCGAACUUGAGUUGCCCCGCUCGCUCCUGACCCCUUCGCCUACUCCUUCGCCCCAGAGCCCCUUGGAGUGCCCUGAGACGGUCGACCCCCGUGCGCUGAGCCUCGACUUUGGCAACUCAUCGUCCGGCACCGUGUCCCCUGCCGACAUCUUUGGCACCCCGCCAACCUGUAGCUCACCCUUCUCGUCUCCAGCAUUCUUUUCCGAAUCCACUCUUGGCGACUUCUCCGUCGAUACCUCGGCCGUGUCUAUCGCUCCUGAGGUGACGUUGUGGGAGGACCUCUCCGUCGCUGACAGUGCCUUGUUGCCUCCCAGCAAACGCCAGAGGACCUCUCUUGCUAUCGAGGAUCACUACUUCACCGACGAGGCCGAGGAUCUUCGUACCGGGCUGCUGACGCCUGAUUCUCUCAGUUUCUCCCUCUCCCACGACAUGUACGGUUUUCCUCUUCAGGACGGCAUGUGUCCCCUUCCUGCAGACUCCGCCGAAGGCAAGCCUGAGCCUGCAGCCACAGAGCGUCAGUCCACCGUCAGCCAGUCCCACGCUGAAUCAUCACGCCAACAACCAUCGGCCACCGCCGCAAAUGGAGAGGAGAGUGGCGUGGCAUCCGCCUCCGAAGACGAUGCACCCCCUAAGCGCCGUGGACGCAAGCAGUCUACCUCGGACGAUCCCAGCAAGCCUUACUCGUGCAACGUCUGCGGGGUACGCUUCAGGAGGCAGGAGCAUCUGAAGCGCCACAUUCGCUCGGUCCACACCAAGGAUAGGCCCUUCCAGUGCAAGGACUGCGGCAAGCUCUUCUCUCGUUCCGACAAUCUCACCCAGCAUCAGCGCACCCACGGAGCUGGAGCCGUCGUUCUCGGUGUUAGGGAUCCGUCGAUGCAGGAGACGCUUAGUGCCCCUGGCUUCAACACCAACCAGGACCCAGGACAGCUCGGCGCCAUCCUCUACCAAGCCGCGGAUGCAAUUUCCACAAGCUCGAGCUCCACCUCGGAGAGCAGUCCGGAUGACAAGAAGAGCCGCAAGCGCAAGCGGGACUCGUAGGCUGCUUGCCUAUUUCUGCUAAAUAACCUUAUGAGCCAUGAUCAUCACGUCGUUUACGCUGGAGUCACCACAGUAGACUGGAUAGGAUACAUCGGCGGUCGGAAUAGCCCGUCUCACUUUCUCGGCUUCACUGUAUCUUUUUAG